GCUGGUGCUUUAUUAACUUAUUUUUUACAGCUCUGAAGGUUUCGAGAGUCAGUAGGAAGAAGAAUUUCCUCGGUCUUACCCGUCUGUCCAGUUUUUUUCUUAUCUUCAAAGUAAGACAGAGAGCAGGCUGUCUUCAGUGAAGCCUUUGAAUCCGUCUACACAACAGGGGGAUUGUUUAAAGGCUUUAUUAUCUUUUGCUGAACGACACACCUGUUGGCACCGUUUUAUUUGAUCACUUUUUUUUUUUUGCUGGAGAUUUCUGUUCAUUCUCCAUGUGACAGAGACUCACUCAGGAGCUCACUGGAUGUGUUUGCGGGGAAGAAUGAGCGGCUUUCUGUACUUCAUCCUCCCAGCUCUGGGUGGAUACACUCUCACCUCUCUGUACCUGCUGAAGAACCCGCUCAUUCUCCACAGGAAGAAACGCACCGCUUUUUACUGCACACACAUCUCACACAGAGGAGGAUGUGGAGAGAGGAUCGAGAGCACCAUGGGGGCGUUCACACAUGCGGUGGAACAGGGCACACAGAUGCUGGAGAUGGAUUGUCACUUGACUCGCGAUGGACAUGUGGUGGUGUCACAUGAUGAGAAUCUGCUGAGGCAGACCGGCCACGACGUCACCAUCUCCUCACUCAAUCUACAGGUGGGAAGACGGAUCCUACAGGAUAUGCCUCUGUAUAAGGAGAAACUGGAGGUGACAUUUUACACAGGACGCUACAGCAGCGGUGCAGACAGGAAGUUCGCUUUGCUGGAGGACGUGUUCAGGAAGUUCCCUGACACGCCUGUCAGCAUUGAGAUUAAGGAGAACAACAAGGAGCUGAUAGAAAAGGUGUCUGACUUGGUCAGACGCUACAACAGGGAGGAAAUCACUGUCUGGGCCUCUGUGAACAGCAGGAUCAUGAGAGAAUGCCGCAAAACGAAUGACUCGAUGCCGUACAGCUUCACUGUGCACCGAGGUGUCUUGCUUCUUCUUCUCUUCUACAGUGGCCUGCUGCCCUUUGUGCCACUGGGAGAGAGUUUAGUGCAGUGCUACCUGCCACGCAUCAUCAACAGGACGUUCAUUCCUAAGAAGCACGUCCUGAGGAACCCACUGAUCAUCUCCCUGAUAGAAAAAGUAACAAUGAGGAAGAGUCUUUUUAAUCACCUGGCAGCCCGGGGAAUUCAGGUGCAUUUGUUUGUGUGCAAUGAAGAUGAAGACAUAAAGGCUGCAUUUGAAGUGGGAGCCACAGGGGUGAUGAGUGACUACCCGACUCUUCUCUCAAGCUACCUCUGCAGAAACAGGAGUCAGGAUUGACCCCAAACACGCCCUCACAUGACCACAAUUAUUAACUCAGAAACAGCAGCCGUCAGAUGAAUGAGGAUUCUGUAAGGAAAAGACUGUAAAAGAGAAAUAAAUACAAGAAGUGUGAGAUCUAUUUCUCCCACUGUGCCCAGAUUAGUCAGAGUUGUUGGUCUAACUAUUAAACACCAUGCAUUCAACUCUUCAAUCUGAAUGCUUAUCACUGUUGACAAAAUUAUCUGCACUUAGGUCAUUUCUACAGCCUCCACCCACAGCUUGUCACAGCCCAGAGUUUAAAGGAAUACGUCAACCACAAAAUAACCUUUUGUUUAUUGAUAUAAUUACUCACCCGAGGUUUUGUAGAAGCCAUGAAAAAAAUUCAUUUAGCAACAGCAAAACUAUAUUGGAAACACCCAUGCGCAAACUUUCACACAACUUGUGCUGUAUAAUCCAAGUCUCAUUUAUCCAUGCCAGAGUCCUGCAUGGGUCCAUUUUUGAAAAACUGUACCCACCCAUACCUGUAAAGCUCAGUGCCAGACCUGACUUAUCAUUAUUAGCCAUUAUGUCUGCCAUAAACCACACCACUUGCACCCAAGUCCCACCAAGUCCCAGGACCCGACUCUCAUUAAGAUGGGUUCUUCAUCCUUGAAUUACAAAUCCUGCAAAAAUCUUUCACUGGCUGCACUCGAUGUCAGGAUGGCAAAAACAUACCGCUGCCAGGUUAUGAAACAUUUUAGCAUGCUCUUUCCACCACCAUAAAAACUCAAAAGGAUCCUCCUCAGAUGUCUUGAACUCGAUGUAGGCUGCCACCUCAUCCUCAGACUGCAAAGUUUCAUGGCUGGAUUCAAAGGGUCAACUUGUGUCACUGAUUUUUAAAAUAAAAGGUAUUGCAGCCUGAUAAUAGUGAUGUCAAAAGAUGUAAAAAUAUUACACAUAUACUGCACAUCUUUUUCAUUUGUUUUAUUCUGAAAAAUAAAUAAAUAUAUUUUUGUUCUCACCUGCUGCCCGUCUGCAUGUAGUUCAUUUUUACCCGUGCUUGUACCCAUGUAUUUAUACUGUAUGUACGUAUGUACAAAUUGCUCAGCUUUUUGCAGGUUACCCAUCGAGUACCCAGUGCGGGACUCUGAGCCGUUUUCAAUAGAAUAUAUGAGCAGAGUUUAAACACACACACUUGCUAAGGUGUGCUUGUACUUGAAAGUGUUUUAAAUCAUGACGUUUAAGCAAAAAUGUGUUUUGGAAGUGUUGGGUGUACGACUGAUAUAUGAGACUUGGAUUAUACUGCACAAGUUUUUUGAUAUAGUUUUACUGGUUUUAAAAGUGGAUCCCUUUUACUCAAAAACUUCAAGAAUUUCCCUGUUUUUUUUUUUUCUUUUUGUGCAACUCAGCAACACAGAAAAAAAUUUCUUCAUAAAUUCAGUGUAACAUCAGGUGAGUAACUGAUGUAGAAAUGGAUAUUUUGUGGGUGAAGCAUUCCUUUAAAGAAACAAUCAUUUAUUUUUCUCAGCAAUAAAUCAAAAAAUGCUUUAUUAGUGCUCUGGGACAAAAAGGUGACAAAUGUGAGGGACAAUUACGGUCGACAACCAUUAUGUUUUUGUGGGAGAGGUAAUUGCAGACAAGUUCACUCAGUUUUAGUGUGUGUUUGUGCAUGUGUGACAGAUUCUUGGGUUGGAGGAGGGCCAGCAAGAUCCACCAGCACCCUCAUUUUCUCAGUUUUAGGUUGUUGUAGGGUUUCCAAUGUGAUCCUUUGUGUCUUGUUCUUUAAUAUUUGAUGAUGAUGAUGUUGAUUUGAGUCUAAUGAUUUAAACCAGGUAAUAAUUGGUUGAAUUGGAAUCACUGGGAUAAAUAAUUCAUUUUAGGGCAGGGUUGUCAAACUCAUUUUGGUUCAUUGGCCACACACAGUGGCCAAUGAACCAAAACUUUCCCCCCUUUCUUUUAAUGUAAAGAAAAUGUUAAUCCAAUACAGAUAAUACACAGCCUGAGAUUGUACUGAAAAACAAGUGCUUUAGCAUGAGUCGUUAUACCAACAAAGUCACCUGUGACCAUGCAAUGAUGUAGGGUGUCUGCCCCACUAUAAACCCCUACAUCAUCACACACUCUGCUCCCACUGAAUUUUCUCCCCAAGAUUUUGAGUGACAGAUAGCUCUGGCAAUCAUCCACAAUUCAACAAGUGACAAAUGACAAUAUUUUGCACAAUGUUUAGUAUUCAUUGUUUUUCAGACAACUGUAUUCUGGUCAGGGUGGAAAAACCUCUGAUGUAGUAUUUUACAUGAAGCUUCUCACUGUUUACUCCUGACACCUGGCAGCUCUCAGCCUUCACAACUGCACCAAAAUCAGGUGAGCAAAUUCAUCCAGUGGGCUGGAUUGGCCCAUUUGGCAGCCGGUUCUGGCCCAUGGGCCGCAUGUUUGACAUCCCACAUAACUAUUCUACCCAUAACAGAUAUUUGUGAGUUCAUCCAGCAUUGGAGAUCAUCAUUUAUUUUUAUAAGCAGUGGGGUGAAGUUUAGAUUGAACAGCUCUGUCAGCCUGGGGGAAAUCUGAAUCCCCAGACAUGUGAUGUGACCAGUGGGAGAGGUGGUGCAGCGGCUGUUGCAUCCCAGCUGUUGUUGCUUUUUCUUCAUCAAGGAACAUUAUGGUGGUUUCUGUUUGCUGUUUUAGAUGAGUACUGUAUUAAAUUAAACAGACUGCAUGUAUUUCACAGUGAGUAAUUUAAUAAAAAGCUUGCUCUGGAUGGAUUAUGGGAGGAAUCACCUUCUCUAGUGUGUGACUCAGAGCUCUACUUAUGAUGUUAAUCUCUGUGUUGAUGAGUGAAAUGAGACAGUAGCUGUGUGGCAGAGUCAAGUCAUUGUUCUGUUUAAAACAAGUGAAAUUUUGAUGGCAUUCAUAUUUUUUGGUAGUCAGGAGUUUUGCUUUAUUCCAGUUAUCAGUCUCAGAGGAAGCAGCGCUGCGACGGUGCAGAAGUGUUUACAGUUGGAGUGAAUAUUUAACCAGCUGGACCAUAUCACCUGACGACCCAUUUCUCAUGAUAAGAGAGUAAACGUGACUUUGUUUUGACUGUGUCUGUUAUUUUCUGACAUUAUUUGACUGGUUUGAGUAAGUGCUUAUGAAAUAAAUGAUCUGGGACAGUUCA